AUGUCCACGAAAGAAACGAGUGUACUGUACUUAUCGCUUUUACCUGAGGAGAUCUGGCGCUACAUUCUCUUCGACGUCUAUCCACCGAUUCUACCUUUGCUUUCGGAGGACUCAAACUCUACCCUCGCUAGAACGUAUCAGAAUUCCGCUUUUCACAUACAAAAUCGGCGAGCAUCACUCCGACUCGUCUGCAAAAAAUUCGAGCCUAUCGCCCUCGAGGUCUUAUUCCAUGAGAUUGCCGUGUCGGGUAGGACACAAAGAUUGAAGCGAUUGAUUGAUACGAUCGAGGCGGGAAAUACCAAGACAUGCCUGCCUCUUUCCCGUACCACUGGCGCCCUUAUUUGGCUCUCUACUUCCUGGAGUGGAAGACCCGAGGAGAAUACAUACAACUUGCUUUGCAAAUUGCGAGAAUAUUGUCCUCGGAUCAAGCAAAUGCUCGUAUCUGGAAGCAUUGCAGAUAGUGUGGAUCGGCGCAUCGAGUGGGUAGUCGGCAUUGAAUGGUUUAUUCACUUCUGCCCCUCUGUAAACUCGAAAUUUCUCCAGGACCUCUCUAGUCACAAUCCUAUUCUCGGUACACUGGUUCUCGAGGUCAUUGAUCUCAUGCUCAUGGAGCCGGUGACAUUCUCAUGCGUCACAAAUGUCUAUCUCACAACUAUAAACAUCAGCGGACUUUCAAAUUUCAUCUUUCCACGUAUUCACUGGCUCAGCAUUGCCAUCAGCUUGGACGACCCCGCCGAUUGUCGAAGAUUCUUUACGACGAAUGGUCCGAAUUUAACUUACUUGGAGCUCAGGAAGGGCAUUACCUACGAACCUUUCAGAGCAACAGAGCACGCAAGAUUAAUGGCGGAUAUUCUCAAUCUAUGUCCCCGGCUUAGCGUGCUGAACGUGGAUGCCAUCAUCAUCGACGAUAAGCAGCCGCGCCUGUUCACGCUACCCGCUAGUACGCUAAUCAUAAAGUCUGAUGACGUGUAUAGCGCGGAUAAAGCUCUUCGUUGGUGGGUGUUUGACUCGGAAGGUCACGUCCCUGUCGGCUUCAAGAAGCCAGCUGGCCAGUUCAUUCGACUCAAAGUGCUCGAAGUGGAUGGCGAACUCGUCGAUGACAGGCAGCCACAAACCACUCCACUCUCUGCUCAUACGCUAAUUCUACACUAUUACGACGUCGAAUACAUAGACGCUGCGCUUGACUACUGGGGAUUUACCUCACAUACCGAUCCGCCUCCGAGUGUCAAACUCGUCAUCAUCAUCCGAGUGUACCCGCAUAUGGGACUCCAUAAAGAUGCUGUGGAGCGAUACUCGGAUGAGGGAGCCCGGGGCUAUUUCUCUCACAGCGGCGUGGAGGUCGAUCAAAGGCAGCCAUAUUAUGUAGGAAUCAUCAACUGUAAUGUCCUAGGUUCACAAACGACAAGCAACUGUGGACUCUCGGCGACAUGGACGGGUGCAAGGUUUGUCAAAAACAGUUUGGAGCCGCCCUCGUCUUUGAAAAGAAUAGGGCGAUACCAAUGGACUCAAAUCUCAACCAUAGAAUACCUCUCCCUUCUUCCUCAGGAGGUCUGGCAACAAAUCCUCUUCAAGGCAUACCCGCCAAUCUUACACGUAUUGCCCGAGCAUCCAAGUACCCGCCUCGAUGAAGAGUAUCUCAAAAAGAUAUUUCGUAGACAGGCUCGACGUGCACGACUGAGACUCAUCUGCAAAGCGCUAGAGCCCAUCGCUUUUGAGGGCUUAUUCAACGAGGUCGUACUUCGGUCAUCGACACGGUGGCUUCGUAAAUUCUUCGAUGCGGUCACAGCGGGGAAUCGUGGGGGGAAUAUACCUACCUCUCGCACAACCAGCGCUCUCCUCUGGUUCUCCCCUUGUCACGGGAAGCCAGACAGGGACAUAAUAAGAGACCAUCGGUUUCUUCGUAGAAUACACGAGUACCUACCUGCGGUCAAGUUGCUGAUCGUUUAUGGAUUGGACGCAUUUACCUCUGCGUGGUCGUUUGACUGGGUCGUUGGGGUCGAGACUCUCGCGAUUCAUAACAUUAUGGCUAGUUCGAAUGGGCUUCGGGAUGUUUCUAACAAUAACUUAUCUCUUAGGGCACUCGUUCUUGAUGCGGUUGUUCGCGAUCUCCAGGAGUCGACGACCUUUGCCCAUCUCACGAGACUAUAUCUCAACAUACCGGACUUUAGCAAAAUAUCGACCGUCUCUUUUCCGAACAUUCGUUGGCUAAGCGUUGCCCUCGAGAAGCUCAAUCACACCACUGCCACGGCAUUCUUCAAGGCCAAUGGCCAACGCCUGGAAUACCUAGAGGCUCGCUCUGUCAUUCCCGGCAUUUCGGGCAGCAUCGAGCCGAAGAUGAGGGUUAUGAGGGAUAUACUCAGCCACAGUCCUCGUCUGCAAGUCCUUGAGGUGGAUGAUCACCUCGUCAACGGUCGCCCACAAAAGUUCUCACUUUCCGCUCAUACUCUAGUCCUGCGCUGCAAAAGCGAGCUAAGUACGACCAAAGCUCUCCGUUGGUGGGGGUUUGACGUGGGCGGCCAUGGACUCGCCACCUUCAAAACUGUUCUACUCAAAAUAGACCGAACAUUAUAUCCCGGUCGCAAUCCUAUGGCGUCGCUUUCGGAAAUCAAAUCUCUAUGUGUACAACAGGGUAUCACCUUUGCCGCGAAAUAUGUUUACGAAGAUGAUACUGGACUGUAG